UGUGGUCGCCGAACCUCGCCCGGUCAGCCAACCCCAUGGUCGACGUGGCCAUUGCACUGAUCUGGCUUCCGAGAUGCUCAAUGUCGUCGACAACAUGAACCGGAUGGCGAACCUGGCCCAUGUCAACCAUACCACUGUGUUUGAGUACUUGCAGACCGGAGACGCCUCAUCUCCGCCCGCCUUGCCUCAGCGUCACGGCGAUGUGCCGCCGCCAGUGCCGCCCAAGGUGCCACCAAGGCUGCCUGCUAGGCUCGAGGCGGAAGCGCCGCCAGUCCCGCCAAAGGGCGAGCCGGCUGUUGGCGUGGCUGCGCCUGAGGACAUUGUUGCUGCUGCCCUUCCAACCGCUGCUUCCGAGGCAGAAACCGAGGCUCCAGCCGCCACUGAUGGCGCUCGUGAGGCUGCUAUCUCUCCUGCACCUGAGCAUGAGUCUCCUAAGGAGGAGGAGGCUAAGCCAGCUGAGCCCAAGGUGGAAGAGAAGAAGCUUGAAGAGCCCAAGGUGGAAGAGGAGGCAGUAUCUGAGCCCGUUGUAGAGGACGUCGCUGAAAGCAAGAAGGCGGUGGAAGGAAGAUGAACCUACCGAGGUCUUUGAGGAGGCUACUGCUGAAAUUGUUUCGCCUGAAGCCGCUGCUGCUCCUGAGGCUGCGCCAGUUGAGGCAUUGGCUGAUGACCUUGCGGAAACAACCGUUAAUGAGGCCGACAAAGAGGAUGACAAACCUAUGGACGAUGCUUCUGAGGAGCCUGCCGAGGAAAAGGAUGCCGAAAAUGCUGCGAGCAACACCAAGGCUACCCCCGCUGGCGGCAAGAAGAAGAAGGUCAUCAAGAAGAAGCGCGGCCAAUCAAGGCAGUAGCAACAGCAGCAACUAGAGAGUUUAUCCCGUCGCAAGCCCAGUCCGCUUAUUUCUUAACAUUUUGUUGUUUUUCCAC